GCGACUACUUUACUCUCUUUCUCAGGAACCAAACAUAAUCCACCUGAGAAAUCGUAGUUCAGUCUCCACCAUUCCAACAGCCACGACCAAAACCAUGUCUUUAAUCCCAAUCGGAAACUCCUCCUCUCGAGAUUUAUGGGAUCCGUUCAACGAUCUCGAGUUAUGGAACCCAUUAGUGGGUAAUUUCCCUAGCUUAUUCUCUACCCAUUUCCCUGAAUUUUCUCGGCAAAUUUUCCCAUCCCUGGAAACCCAAAUCAGCUGGAACGAGACCCCGAGAGCCCAUGUUUUCAGAGCUUACCUUCCGGGGUUCACGAGGGACGAAGUAAUGGUUUUCAUUGACGACGGGAUGCUUCAAAUUAGCACAGCAAACGGGAAGUUCGCGAGCAGGUUCAAGUUGCCGGAUAAUGCCAGGACUAAUCAGAUUGAGGGUGUUAUGGAAAAUGGAAUGCUGAUUGUCACCGUCGGAAAGGAAGAAGCACGGAGGCCUAAUAAUGUUAGGGUCGUCGAAAUCACAGAGUAACCUGUUAUGUGUGCGUUUAUGUCUUGGUCUAUGUCUUUUCUCAGUAUGCGUGUGUUUGGACAUGCCCAUGAUGUUAAAUACCGCUAUAUAUGUUUACAAAAAGUGUGUUCAUGACUUCAUGUAGUCGAGUCCAUUCCAGAACCAUCCCUACUCUGAUGUAAAAGGUGUAUGCUAGUAAGUUGUUGUUGUUCUUAAAUUCAUGGGUUUUUGUUGAUAAUUUGGAUCAUCUCUUCCAGUCGGAGAGCUGACACAAGAUGAAUGGCAUUACCAGGAAUUCAAGUUUGU